AUGCAGAGGCCUGGGGAGCCCGGCGUCGCGCGCUUCGGACUGCCCGAGGGUUGCGCCGACCACCCGCCGCAUCGCUACCGCAGCUUCAUGAUCGAGGAGAUCCUCACCGAGCCGCCGGGGCCCAAGGGCGCCGCGCCCGCCGCCGCUGCCGCCGCCGCCGCGGGCGAGCUGCUCAAGUUCGGCGUGCAGGCGCUGCUGGCGGCGCGGCCCUUCCACAGCCACUUGGCCGUGUUGAAGGCGGAGCAGGCGGCGGUGUUUAAGUUCCCGCUGGCGCCGCUGGGCUGCUCCGGGCUAGGCUCCGCGUUAUUGGCCGCAGGGCCUGGACUGUCCGGCGCCCCUGGCGCGCCGCACCUGCCUCUUGAGCUGCAGCUCCGCGGAAAGUUGGAGACGCCGGGCACCGGGGAGCCGGGCGCCAAGGCCAAGAAGGGGCGUCGGAGCCGCACGGUGUUCACUGAGCUGCAGCUGAUGGGCCUAGAGAAACGCUUUGAGAAACAGAAGUACCUCUCCACCCCAGACAGAAUAGAUCUCGCUGAAUCCCUGGGCCUGAGCCAGUUGCAGGUGAAGACGUGGUACCAGAAUCGGAGGAUGAAAUGGAAGAAAAUAGUGCUGCAGGGCGGCGGCCUGGAGUCUCCCACCAAGCCCAAGGGGCGGCCCAAGAAGAACUCCAUUCCCACGAGCGAGCAGCUCACGGAGCAGGAGCGCGCCAAGGACGCAGAGAAGCCGGCAGAGGCGCCAGGCGAAACCAUCGACAGGAGCCGCGAGGACUGAGCGCGCAAAGCGUCGACCGAGGCUCCUUCCGCCCGCUGGAAGCCGAGAGCCGG